AUGGCGGCUUGCAUAGCAAAUGCCUCGGCCGUGGUACCUGGAUAUGGAUUCUGGUUCCCGGAAUCGAUCAAAUCGGUUGGCCCUUUUGGGUGGCAUGAGGGGGGGAGCUCUUGGCUUUGCUGCAUGGGCAAGCAACGGCUUAGACUCGGGAUCGGAAUUCAUGACGCAGCUGUUGAAAGGGAAAUGCGGGGCUUCAUGCAACCGAUUGCAGGUAUGAUUGUUGCAGUAGGGUUAAUCAAGCCCCCUAAAACCGCCAAAAAAAAAAUGGUCGACAAACUCGUCCCCAACGACCCCCGCGUCAAACACCACACCACCACCCUCCCCUCAGGACACACCUACCACUACCUCGAAGCCCUCCCCUCCAGCGGCACCCCCGCCGCGACGGUAGUCCUCAUCCAUGGCUUCCCCGACCUCUCCUUCGGCUGGCGCCACCAAAUCCCCUUCCUCACCUCCCUCUCCCUCCGCGUCAUCGUCCCCGACAUGCUAGGCUACGGCCUCUCCUCCGCCCCUUCCCCCAUCCCGCCCUAUUCCUACAAAUCCCUCUCCACCGACCUCGCCUCCCUCAUUCAGCUCGUCUCCCCCUCCCACCCCAUCAUCCUCGGCGGCCACGACUGGGGCGGCGCCAUCGUCUGGCGCCUCGCCCUCCGGCACCCCGCCCUCAUCCUGGGCGUCUUCAGCAUCUGCACCCCUUACAACGCCCCCAACAGCCAGGGUUACAUCCCCAAAAAGGUCCUCAUCGACCAGUUCCUCCCCAACUUUGCCUACCAGCUCCAAUUCGAAGAUCCCACCCUCGAAAACAAAAUCCAGGCCGCCGGGAGGGACGGCAUCAGAAAGUUUCUAAACAUCCUCUACGGCAGCAAAGACAGCAAAACUGGCAAGGGCCAUUUCGUCGCCAACGUGGGGAUUGACCUCUCCCUUUUUGACGAAGGAGUCAAAGUGGAAAAGUCAGAGUUGUUGUCCGAGGAGGAGCUGGAGUUUUACGUUGACCAGUAUGAGCGUAACGGGGUCCACGCCCCGAUGAAUUACUACCGGACGUGGGACGUGAAUUACGAGGAGGAGAAGGCUGAUUUGGUGAAGGAGGGGAAGAGCAAGGUUGAGGUGCCGGGCAUGAUUCUUACCGCGACGAGGGACACUGCCUUGCCGCCGAAGAUGGCGGAUAAUAUGGAGCAGUUUUUCCCCAGGGGGUUGAUCAAGAGAGAGGUGGAGGCCAAUCAUUGGGCUACGUGGGAGAAUCCGGAAGAGGUUAACAAGGCUAUUGGGGAGUUUGUGGGGGAGUUGCUCAAGGGGAGGGCGAUGGGGUUCAAGGCUUCGAUUUGA